UGCUAGAGACGUGUCACUUCUGGGCGGGAAAUAAGUUUCUCUGCUAAAACACUUUGUUCGUUUAGAAAAAAAAAGUGCCAAAUGUUCCCCGUAUUAUUUUUAGCCUUCGUUGUAGCCAUUAAGGUAUUUAAAAAGGCCACUCCUAAUGGCAAAAUUACGGUAUAUCUGGGCAAAAGAGAUUUUAUCGACAAUCUAGAUCGCAUUGAUCCCAUCGACGGCGUUGUCGUCGUAGAAAAUGACUACCUUCAGGGACGCAAGGUCUUUGGUCAGGUCUCGACAACCUACCGAUAUGGCCGUGAAGAGGACGAAGUUAUGGGAGUCAAAUUCAGCAAGGAGCUGGUAUUAAGUCGCGAUCAAAUAAUACCAGUGAAGAAGGAGAAGCAGGAGACUACAUCGAUACAGGAUCGCUUGCUGAAGCGCUUAGGUUCAAAUGCAUAUCCAUUCAUGUUCUAUUUUCCGCAAACGGCUCCUUGCUCGGUCACCCUCCAACCCGGUGAUGAUGAUCAAGGGAAACCCUUAGGAGUCGAAUACGCUGUGAAAAUAUUCGUUGGAGAUAACGAAGAAGAUAAGGGACACAAAAGAUCUUCUGUUUCGUUGACCAUCAAGAAGUUACAGUACGCUCCACCAAUACGAGGACGCCGACUUCCCAGCUCUUUGGUUUUUAAGGGAUUCACUUUCUCCCAGGGCAAACUGAAUCUGGAAGUCACACUAGACAAAGAGCUCUACUAUCACGGCGAGAAAAUUGCGGCGAACGUCACAGUUACGAACAAUUCGCGAAAGGCAGUAAAAAACAUUAAGUUGUACGUCGUUCAACAUUGUGAGGUGACCAUGGUAAACGCCCAAUUUUCGCGACACAUAGCUAGUUUGGAAACUCGCGAGGGUUGUCCGAUCACACCAGGUGCAUCUUUUAUGAAACAAUUUUAUCUUGUGCCUCUGGCCAGCAGCAACAAAGAUCGGCGUGGCAUCGCUCUCGACGGGCAUCUCAAAGAUGACGACGUAAAUUUAGCAUCCUCAACUUUGGUAGCCGAGGGCAAGUGCCCAGCUGAAGCUUUGGGUAUUGUAAUCUCUUAUUCAAUCAGAGUAAAGUUGAAUUGUGGUACUCUGGGUGGUGAGCUGGUUACUGAUGUUCCAUUCAAACUGAUGCAUCCAGCCCCUGGCGCCAUUGAAAAAGAAAAUGCCAUAUUGAAGAAAAGUAAGAGUAUCGACAAGGCACGGUACGAGAACUCCUGCUACGCCAACGAUGACGACGAUAAUAUCAUAUUUGAAGACUUUGCUCGUUUGCGCUUGAAUGAACCAGAGUAAACCAGAGAGACAGAUAGAGGAAAAAAGCGAAAGAUUAGCGCUUUUUAUCUUGCGAUUACUUUAAAAGAAUCCUGAGCUUUCUGUUCGUGGUGAAUUAUCUUUCGUGUUUAAAAUUAAAAUUUUCAUUUUUCAAAUAUUAAAUCUAAAAUUAAGUACACAUAAUUAAAAAA